AUGUCGUCGGCUCUUGGGAGAGCAUCGUCCAUCGGCUCAGUCUACACCCCACAUAAGAGUGCAACUGGCUGCAAAUGCCUUGAACUUGAGGAAGCUUCACAUCGCAAAGACACUUGCAAUGUUGUCAUCUUUGGACAUACAGGCGCUGGUAAAAGUUCCUUGAUUAACUUGAUUACCAAGACGCAGCUGGUGCCAACGUCACCCGACGCCGAGGGAUGUACAAGGGAAACCACCGUGUACGGGCAUGAGGUUGUGACUCAGAACAGGACCUUGAAGGUACAACUGUUCGAUACGGCUGGUCUUGACGAGGGCUCUUAUGGAACGGUUCCCAAUCCGCAAGCUGAGAAUGCUUUAAAGACACUUUUUCAAAGUCGUAUAAAGAUACAUAUUCUUAUGUACUGUGUGCAGGGCACAAAGGGCGCCUCAGCGCUCCGGCGAAGCUACAAAUUAUUGUCCCGAGUCAAGGGAAAUGUUCCCAUCGUCCUUGUCGUCACAGGACUGGAAAACCGAGAACCGGAAAUGGAAGAUUGGUGGAGGAGUAACGAGACAUCCAUCUCAGACUUCGGGAUGAACUUUGCCGGCCACGCGUGUAUCACCGCGUUGACCAUCAAUGAAAGUGAUACAUACAAGGUCAGGCAGCGCCACGAACAGUCAUGCCAUGCUGUCUGCGACCUUAUCGAACUGUGUUUCCCCGUAAGGAAUAUCGUACUCUUUGGAGCGAGUGGAGUAGGCAAAAGCUCAGUCCUGAACCUCAUGGCAGGAAAGGAGGUAGCAAAGACAUCUCUUGGCAUGAAAUGCUGCACGCUCCAUUGGCAAGACUAUGCCAUCGACUUCGAUGGGGAGUCUUAUAAGGUCUUUGAUACUGUUGGACUCGAGGAACCGCAGCUUAGCGUCGAUGACUACCUCAGCUCUGUCGAAAACACCUACGCGCUGGUCAAGGAAUUGGAUCGGCAAGGCGGUAUUGAUCUACUUCUGUUCUGCAUUCGCGCCGGCAGAGUGACUGCUACUCUUCAGAGCAAUUAUCGGCUCUUUUAUGAAUUCCUCUGCGAGAAGAAGGUUCCCAUUGUCCUUGUGAUCACAGACCUCGAGAGAGAGCGCAGGAUGGAGGACUGGUGGGAGCGAGAACAUGAUAACUUCGACAAAUAUCAUAUCAAUGUCGCUGGUCACGCGUGCAUCACCGCCGCCGAUAAUCUGGAAGGCAGACACAAACAUCUUUAUGAACAAUCGCGCGUCACUGUCCGUGAACUUGUCAAGAAACAUGUUGGGCAGAAGAAAGCAUGGAUGGGAGGGCAUAAUCUGUUCGUCUCGUUCAUGCGCAAGCUGAAGGAGCUACUGGUAGGGAGUUCGCAUGUGAGACGCAAGUAUCUUAUUCUUCGUCUCACGAAGCGUUGCGGGAUACCUAUAGAAGUCGCAAGACAGUUGGCUGUGUGGAGGAACGAUACACGCGGGAGGUUUUACGACACGCUAGAACAAAGAACAAAGGUACGACUAGAUUAUUCGUUUCGAAUCUGA